AUGGCCACCACGCCCAUGUCCUACUUCGUGUGUUCGGUCAGGGCCAACUCGUUUCAAAUCUUUUUAACUUUCCAAGUCAUGGAGUGCUACGUCAACCCGGUCCUGUCACUCUUCGGCCUUUGUGGAAACAUCAUGAGUUUGGCCAUCCUGAAACACAGCGGUAUUCACAAGCCUUCCAACAUCCUUCUCUUCGGCCUGGUCGUCGCGGACAUCAUGUGCUUAAUGCUGACCAUAGACUACGCACUGCCCAUACUUUACUUCGGGCCGGACAAAAUCGUGCCAAUGCUGUGCGGGUUCCAGUACCACGACGCAGUCAACUAUUUCUUGACCAUUUCUUCACUUGUGUUCACAUUUUUCGGAUUCUGGGGAAUUUACGUGAAUCCGUUUAUUCAAGUGUUUGUCACGGUUGAAAGACUUCUGGCCGUGUUCAUGCCACUGACUUUUAAAAAAAUUGUCACCCGACUAACAACCACAGUCUGUGUUCUAUUCUCCUUUCUGUUCUGGCUGCCGUGGAACUUCGCCUUCAAUUCCAUCUACGAUGUCAGGCAACAGAAACUGUCCCCAAGCGUAAACUGGAUGGCCGUAGUGCACGGUAAAUUUUAUUUCACCAACCAAGAAAUUAUCGACGUAUUCAACUACUAUGUAGUUGACAGCCUUGAUUCGUGGAUUCCUCUGAUCUUGGUCACCUUAGGGACGCUGGCCGUGUUUAUCAAGGUGAAGGUCACGCUGAGAAAGAGGCAGAAACUGACCAAGUCGUUGAAGCCGAUUACUUGGUCAACGCGUACCACCAGGACCUUGAUGGCGACCUCAGUGGUAUUCAUUGCAGCCCACGCCUGUGGGUCCAUGAUCAUUUACUUGUUUCCAUCGGAAAACUACGUAGAGUCUUACACACGUAACGCCUUCUACUACUUGGUAUACAUCAUCAACGGCUCCAGCAGCCUGUCCAUCUAUCUCGUCUGCAACAAGCGUUUUUUACAGAUCUUCCUGAAGAUAGUUCGCUGGGAAACUUAG